UUGGAGCGGUGACUUCCCUCUGCAGCUCGGGGCUGAGAGUACAUUCAGUUCCUCGCCUUCGUUCCCCCCACCCCACCCCAUCUCAUCUUCUUGCGUUUCUCUACAGCAUGAUAUACUUCAACAUCUCCUGACUGAAUGAAUGAAUUUUUCCCCAGUGUCUUGCCAAGAAAUCGAGGUGGAGGAAACUGUCGAAAUUAACUUCCAAAACGCCGAGGGGCUGUGAACACACUUCCUGUGUUUGACAGAAAGCAGAGGGGAUGGGGGCAAGCUUUCAGACUUAAGUUAAACACUUCGUCCCUCAUUUACGGUUACUUAUUAUAUGGGGUCCAAUUACUUUUUCUCUUUCGCAUUGACCAGUAUCUGCUGAGUGGCAGAAAGAGGAACGGCUCUGGGCGUUUGACCCGCGAUGUGUGAUAUGAUUUCAGACCAAUCGGCUGAGAAAAUCAGCAGAAUGAAAAAGUUGAGGAGAACUUUAUCGGAGAGUUUCAGCCGUUUGGCCUUGAAGAAGGAGGACAAUGGCUUCGAUGAGAUAUGCGUUCAAAAGAUGUCGACAAGAAAUUCUCAGGCUGUGGAUUCAGUUGUCAAACCAUUGGAUACCAUUCCUGAAGACCGAAAAGUCAGAGUACAAAGGACUCAGAGCAGUUUUGAUCCAUUUGACAAGCCAACAAGUCAAGUGAAAAGGGUCCAUUCUGAGAACAAUGCAUGUAUUAACUUCAAGAGCUCCUCUGGUGGAAAAGAGUCUCCAAAGUUGAGGCGACAUUCUAGUCCCAGUUCACCAACAAGCCCAAAAUUUGGAAAAGCUGACUCCUAUGAAAAAUUGGAAAAACUCGGUGAAGGGUCCUAUGCAACAGUAUAUAAAGGAAAAAGCAAGGUGAAUGGGAAAUUGGUAGCUCUGAAGGUGAUCAGACUGCAAGAGGAGGAAGGAACCCCUUUCACAGCAAUCAGAGAAGCUUCCUUGUUGAAAGGCUUGAAACAUGUAAACAUAGUCCUGCUUCAUGACAUCAUUCACACGAAGGAAACCUUAACUCUUGUGUUUGAAUAUGUGCAUACAGAUUUAUGUCAGUACAUGGAUAAACAUCCAGGAGGACUACACCCCGAAAAUGUGAAGCUCUUCUUGUUUCAGCUACUGCGGGGUCUCUCCUAUAUUCAUCAGCGAUACAUCUUGCACCGAGACUUAAAGCCUCAGAACUUACUCAUCAGUGAUACUGGAGAGCUGAAGCUAGCAGAUUUUGGACUUGCCCGAGCCAAGUCGGUACCCAGCCACACAUACUCCAAUGAGGUAGUUACACUAUGGUACAGGCCCCCAGACGUCCUGUUGGGCUCCACAGAAUAUUCUACUUGCCUUGACAUGUGGGGUGUGGGUUGCAUUUUUGUCGAAAUGAUUCAAGGAGUCGCUGCCUUUCCUGGAAUGAAGGAUAUCCACGAUCAAUUGGAGCGUAUAUUUUUGGUUUUGGGAACUCCAACAGAGGAAACCUGGCCUGGAGUUAGCUCUUUGCCGUACUUGAAAACAGAUCGCUUCACGCAGUACAGUUCUAAAAAACUUAGGCAAGCGUGGAAUAAACUAGAUUAUGUGGCCCAUGCUGAAGAUCUUGCCUCCAAACUUCUACAGUGCUUCCCAAAGAAAAGACUGUCAGCUUUAUCGGCACUGAAUCAUGAGUAUUUCAGUGAUCUUCCUCCGCGGCUGUGGGAACUCUCAGACAUGUCUUCUGUCUUCGUCGUGCCCACUGUGAAACUACAGGCUGAAAUAGAUGACAGUUCAAGAGUUUUUGGGAGAAGCAACAGUCAUGGUAAAGGCUUUUUGAACCACAAACAUUGAGGAGUUCUUAACCCUGGUAUCAUACAAAGGUAAUUUCAUCGCCAUUUCCAAAGAGCAGCUGAGAAUCAGAAAAGCAAAAGAACUCAAGCACCUACUCUCUUGUUGAUAGUCACAUUGGCGAAUGGCUGCUGUUGUUAGAAUAACUCUCGCCAUUUGCAUUGUGUGGGUUUAUUUGUGCUUGCGCUCUGAAUUUGACAUCUUGAAUGCUAAACCAUGACAUGCAAGAACCACCUCUUUUUUUGUAAUUUGUUUAGAGAUUCACUUAGCUGAUAAAUGAUCUGUGCUGCUUUACAGGGUCUUGUCUGUCAGUCUUUUGAUUUUCUGUGGUAGUGUAGCAUUUUUGUACAGCUCAUUCAGAUUUCACUGGCAACAUUGAAAUUCUGGAGAUUUUAUUUGAAACUAUGUUGAGCAUGCCAGGAAACCCUAUGAUGCCAGCAUUACAAAGCAAUCAACAGUGGCCUGAAAGACAAAGCAUAUGUUUUACAAAAAUAAGCAUACCUUUGUAUACAAUUGAAAUGAUAUAGCUAGUGAAGCACCGUUAACAUUUGUGACAGUGCUCCAGCUGGGAUCUUGGAAGGUACAUAGAUAAGUCCACAGAUGAUGGGGUGAACUGCAGUGUUUAAAAUAGUUUGCACUAUCAUGAGGAUCACUGGCUUAGUAUUUUUUAGAAGAAUAUAAAAACCAUGUAUAUAAUGGAAUCUCUUUCACCCCUAUGAAUUCUCAAGUUAGAUUUAUACCCAAUUCUUUGUUGUUACAGAUCCUGGAUAAGUGUUAUUACAGAAGGUCUGUACUUGGUACAAACUCUGUGAUGAAGGUACUUACAUAAAAAAGCAGAGCUAAAAUCUUUAGGCAGGUGCCAUGGGAUUCUUGAAAUACCAGAGAUGUCCUUUUAACCUUAUGGCCUCAGCCCAUCCAAUUUUUUCCUGUACUGGUUUGAGCACAGACCAGCUUCUAUCAUUAAGACAAAUUAACUAAUUGUUGUGAGAUGAUUUCUACUAAUUUUCUAUCUGGAGUAAAAUUGCACCACAUAUUCACAUCAAUAAAUAUUUUCUGUUAUAUCUUCCUACUUUUUUAAAAAUGUCUUUGUUGCUGUUCCUCAUAAUCUCCCUUGCCUGCCAUUAUGCAGGUUGCCAUUAUCAUUCACAGACCAUAGAUUACUUCUAGGUAAAAAUUUGUUUUUUUUUCAUGAUUGAUGACAUUUUAUUCCUUACUUGAGAUUAAAUAUAGUUACUUUUCCAACAUUAGUAAUGUAUUAAUUUCUAUAUAUUCCACAAUCGCUAUUUUCCUAUUGCAUCAGCCCCCGUGCCACUCCUCAGUAAACAUAUUAAUUCUUGAUGGUGCACUGGAAAUACAAGUGUGUAAUUUAAUCUGAGUAUAGAUUAUGCUUUAAACAAACAUAACCUUCAAUCAGAAGGAAUAGGUAAAAAUAAUACUUAAGGAUUCUAAAUUAUUUUAAAGUGUACUGUUACGAAUGAUUUGAAUCAUUUCAUUUAGAAAGGUUUGCUUGUAAAUGGGAUGGAUUGAGAUUUAAGAUUAAAAUUGCAAAUAGGACCAAUAUCUGUUUAUUAUCAUUUAUUAUUAAAAUUAAAAUACUGUAAAAUACAUUCCCUUUUUUCCAAGUUUCACAGCAGACAACUGUUACAGUUGUGAGAUGCAUGAAUCAGUUCUUCUUCCUGUGCUCUUUGCAACAUUAUAUUGAUUAGUCCACUAAUAAGAACAAUCAUUGAACGUUAGGUUACCACAAACUAGAAAAUAAAUGGAAGCUAUGUUAACUCUCAGUGUUAUCAGUGAUAACUUUUAAAGUUUGUAAGUGUGGUUUUGAUUGUUAUUCAAUCAGUCAAGAAUAAUUGAUCAUGCAAUGUGUCAUAUAUUUGUUAAAUUAAGGGUAAUAUAAAAAAGCUAUUAAAGACAAAGUGUGAUAACACCAUUAAUAUGAGAGUUAGUUUUAUUCAAGUAGUUUUUGAACUUUGUUUGAUAAUGGCAUAAAAUUGCAUGGAAGUCUUUCACUUCAAGAAUACUUCAAUGAGUAUUACCUCCCCUCUCUUUACGCCCAGUGUUUGUUAUUUUGAUUGGUAUUUUCUUACUUUAAUGCAAAACUGUUCAAUUAAUUUGAAUGUUAGAAGCACAUUUUAAUGUUAGGCAAUUAUAUCUGAAGAUUUUGGAAAAUGGGCACAAUAAGAAAGAUAAUUUUUUUUUUAAAAUCUGUUCAAGUUGAAUUUUUUAAGCUUGAUAUGCAGUUAUGUUUCUUCAAGAUCAUUAUCAAUGGUGAAGUAUCUGUUUAUUGUACUUGUAUGCUACAUGGCCCAUAUUCACUGUGUCAAAUGUUGACCUCUUGAUUAGGUUGUUUUAAAUAAUUUUCACAACUAACUGCAUACCGGUAAUGAGUUUUGUGCUUUGAGUUGCUAAGUUGCAUGCAGUUGUGACAUUUGAUGAUUAUGUUCUUCUUAUUUAUCAGAUUUUCUACAAAAAUGUUUGCACUGUGUUACGCUGGCUCUCCAAACACUGAAAUUCAUAAUUAUGAAUUUUAGAGAAACUUAAUAGUGCACUGAGUACUUCAAAUAUGUCAGCAUUUGUACAAGGUGAAAGCAAAAACCAGGAGUCAGUAACUUUGGAAAUAUACUAUGAAGUGAACGCAUUUAUUGUUUUUCUUUGUAAAUAUUCAUUCUCAGCUGCACAUUUUCACAAACAAGAUUUUUACUUUGGCUUUUUGUGUGGCACCAGUAGAUAUUGAUGAGCUUUGUUUGAAUCUUGUUUAAAUAGAUAAAUAAUUCUUAACUCUGUAAACAUGGUACAAAAUAAGAAUGCAUAAAUUCAUAAGCAAUCACUGUGCAGCGUGCUGAUAACCAGAGAUUAUCUGUUCAAAUUGUGGAAUCUAUAGCCUCUUAUAUUAUCCUCAAAUAUCCUGUGAAUAUUUAUGCACUUCCGUCAUUUUUUUUUGUACGUGUAUAAUGUUUGUUCCCUUCCAAGUUCUUUCAAAAGAGGAAUUAAAAUUGUUCUCUUCUGAGGACAGUUAAGUAAUUGAGGUACCAUGAUACCGUGCAAAUUGGGUUUUGUCUCCCCGCAGACAUGCAGUAUAUAGAAGAACCAUUAUAUGUAUGUAUUGAAUGCUGUACUGCCUUGUAAAUUCAUUGAAUAUUAAGGUGAUGGCAGGUAACCCAAACAUGAACCUGGAUAGUGUUGUUCCAAGUAACGGCACUUCUGUGCUUCAUGUAUUUUUUUUGUAUGAGGCAUCUAUUAAAAUCCAUCUUCUUGAUAUCGUGUUGUUUGGUACAGAAACAAAAAUAUACUUAAAAUACAAAUAAAUGACACAAACCCUGCGAAAGUCUAGAAUGUAGAAACAUGGUGUAACUGUUGCAUUAUUUGUUAAAACUUAUUAUGUAAUGUAAUGUUGCAGAUGUAUUGUUUGUCUUUCUGUAAUUGGUUUCUUGUUACAUGAAAAUAAAAUAUAGUGCAGCUAAUUAUUUUAAAUGAUUGAAA